UGAAGAAUGGAUGAAAAUAAUGGGAAGAAAGAAAAAAACGGUUGCAACCGAUUUGUGUAAACUACUAGUGAACUCCACUCCAUAUAUAUGUGAGGGAAAAACGAAGGCGAGCGAUCGAACUCUGCAGAAAUGGAGGAACAAGAAGUUGAUGAAAAUGGUUCAAGAAUACAGAAUCCAGCUCAAGAAGUUGAUGAAAAUGGUUCAGAGGAAUUGGAUCUGCAAUGAAUCAAUAGAGAGAUUGCUAGUUAAGAAUUUAUGUGCUAAAGAUCUUAAUGGAAAUCCCAAAUGCUUAUGGUUACCAAAGAAACAAGUGGAAGAGAAUCUCCUUCAGCUUCCUUUUCCUCAAUUAGGAGAAGAAAUAAUUCUAACUUUUCAUGAUCCAAUUGACAAAAAGUCAUUUACAGUGCAACUGGUGCAUGCUGAUCAAGAGGAGUACUAUAUUACAGGAAGAGGAUGGGAGGAAUAUGUAGCUCAACACAAGUUGGAAUCUGGGGAUUUCAUAUCUUCUUAUAAGAAAAAUGAUUACUAUGUAAUCUACACUUGGAAACUGCCUACGGCAGAGGAAUUGGAUGAUACUCAUCUGCUAGUUCCCAGUGAAUCAAUAGAGAGAGUACCAGUGCUUGUCAAGAAUUUAUGUGCUAAAGAUCCUAAAGGCUUACGGUUGUCAAAGAACCAAGUGGAAGGGAAUCUCGUUGAACAUCCUUUUCCUCAAGUAGGACAAGAAAUAAUUCUGCCUCUACAUGAUCCAAUCGGGAAAAAGUCUUUCACAGUGCAACUGGUCCAUGCUGAUCAAGAGGAAUACUAUAUUACAGGAAGAGGAUGGGAAGAAUAUGUAGCUCAACACAACUUGUUAAUUUUCGACGACACUACUAUCUUUGUUAACAAGGUAGUUCUUGAUCCAACUGCAGAGGUUCAUCUUGUCAACAUCUCCUAUCACUAUGAGAUCACUUAUCAGACUACAGGCACUAAUCAACCCCCACAGAAACUGAAACCAUUAGGCAUAACCACGGAGAAUAGUUCAGCACCAGCUUCUACUGGAACUACUACUGCUGUCGAUAAUAGUUCAGCACCUGCUUCUACUACUACUGCAACUACUACUGCUGUCGAUAAUAGUUCAGCAACUCUUUCUACUGCAACUACUACUGCUGCUGUCGAUAAUAGUUCAGCAUCUCCUACGACUGCAACUACCACUGCUGUCAAUAAUAGUUCAGCACCCGCUUCAACUGGAACAACUACUGCUGUCGAUAGUAGUUCAGCACCUGCGUCUACAGCAAUUAUUACUGCUGUCGAUAAUAGUUCAGCACCUGCUUCUACUACUGACUAUAAUAACAGUUAGCAAGGGUACUAAUGGCUUACUUAGAAUUGAACUUCAUUGUGAUGAACCAGAUAUGAUAGUGAUGAUGCCUGUUGGCUCUGAUGGAUCGAUUGAUUAAUACUAGUCUGUCGCUUACACGGGAUUGGACGGACCUGAUCAUUGUAAUUCUUUCAUCCAUUGAGAUUAACCAUCAAACUAACUAGCUUCAUGCAUUUUGUUUAGUGCCUUAACAGUUUCAUACUCAAAACCCACAAUUGUAAUCUGUAGAUGUUCAUGCUCAGAUCGUUUACAUGUUAGUAUAUUCUAUAGCAAUGUGAAUAAUUUGUCCUGUUCUA